AUGUACGAGCGAGCCUGCGAACCUGUUGAUACCUGCGAGGUCGACCAACGCUCCUUUAAAGGAUAUCUUGCGCGCUGGAUGGCCGCAUCCACCCAGUUUGCACCCUUUUCCUAUGAUCUGGUGAUGCCAAAGUUACGCGCCUCAGCAAAUGCCGCAGCGAAGGCGUGCACAGGCGGUCCUAGGGAUGGCAUUUGCGGGUUGAAGUGGACUGAGCAGAGGUAUUCCGGGGAGCUGAAUGAUGUAGGCCAACAGAUGGCUGCGCUGGAAGUGAUCCAGUCAACACUAAUCGAGAAGGUUGAUCCACCCGUCUCGCAGGAGCAUGGGGGUACAAGUAAAGGCAAUCCAGCAGCCGGGUCAGAGAAUCCCCCACCUCCACCGGCCCAUAUCUUCACCCGUUCGAUCACGACGGGUGACCGGGUGGGCGCAGCAAUUCUCACCAUUUUUUUCUCACUGUUGAUAGUUGCCACAUUGGGUUGGGCGCUUUUGGACUCUCAUUCAUGA